AUGAGGCGGGGCCCAGGCGGGCCUUGAGGCUGCCGGCGCUCUAUGCCCGCUGCGAUCCUUCCCGGGGAAGGCUGGGAAGAUGGCGGCCUCCUGGAGGCUUCGCUGUGACCUGCGGCUGCUACGUUACCUCCUGGGCUUCGGCAGCCGUCGAAGCCCGGGGCUGGCUCAGGGUGCUGCUGCGUGGCCUGUCGGCCGUGGAGCAAGCUGGAGGUGGUUUCACGGCACUCAGCUGCUGCAGGCAGAUCCUAUUAAGAUCCUAAUGCCAUCGCUGUCCCCUACAAUGGAACAAGGGAACAUUGUGAAAUGGCUGAAAAAAGAAGGUGAAGCUGUGAGUGCUGGAGAUUCAUUAUGUGAAAUUGAGACGGACAAGGCUGUGGUCACAUUAGAUGCAAGCGACGAUGGCAUCUUAGCCAAAAUAGUGGCUGAAGAAGGAGCUAAAAAUAUACAACUGGGUUCACUCAUUGGUUUGAUGGUUGAAGAAGGGGAAGAUUGGAAACACGUGGAAAUUCCCAAAGAUGUUGGUGCUCCACCUCCAGCUCCAAAGCCGUCAGUGCCUCCUCAGCCCUCUCCACAGCCGCAGACUUCCAGCCCCGCCAGGAAGGAGCACACAGUAGGGACACCAGGGUUCCGCUUAAGUCCAGCUGCCCGCAACAUUCUGGAAAAGCAUUCACUGGCUGCCAGCCAGGGCACAGCCACAGGCCCUCGAGGGAUCUUCACUAAAGAAGAUGCACUCAAGUUAGUGGAGCUGAAGCAGAUGGGCAAGAUUCCUGAGUCCCGCCCAUCCCCCACCCCUCCAUCUCCUCUCUCAACACCUGUGCCUCCUCAGGCCACAGCCGGGCCUGCUUACCCUCGGCCCAUGAUCCCACCAGUGUCCAUCCCUGGGCAACCUAACGCAGCGGGCACAUUCACUGAAAUUCCUGCAAGCAAUAUCCGAAGAGUUAUUGCCAAGAGGUUAACUGAAUCGAAAAGUACUGUGCCUCACGCCUAUGCUACUGCAAACUGCGACCUUGGAGCAGUUUUAAAAGUUAGACGAGAUCUGGUCAAAGAUGACAUUAAAGUCUCAGUAAAUGACUUUAUUAUCAGAGCAGCAGCUGUCACACUGAAACAAAUGCCUGGGGUUAAUGUCAGCUGGGAUGGAGAAGGCCCAAAGCAGCUUCCCUCUGUUGACAUUUCAGUGGCUGUGGCAACAGAUAAAGGUUUAAUUACACCAAUCAUAAAAGAUGCAGCUUCUAAGGGCAUACAGGAGAUCGCUCACUCUGUAAAGGUUCUGUCAAAGAAAGCAAGAGAUGGAAAACUGCUUCCUGAGGAGUACCAAGGCGGGUCUUUUAGUAUUUCCAACUUGGGGAUGUUUGGCAUCGAUGAGUUCACUGCAGUGAUCAACCCACCUCAGGCCUGCAUUUUGGCAGUUGGGAGAUUCCGCCCAGUGCUGAAGCUCAGUGAGGAUGAAGAGGGGAACUCCCAACUGCAGCAGCACCAGCUUAUAACUGUCACAAUGUCAAGUGACAGUCGAGUGGUUGAUGAUGAACUGGCUACACGGUUUCUUGAAAGUUUCAAAGCAAACCUAGAGAACCCCAUGCGACUUGCGUAGCCUUCAGAGACCAGACGCUCACAGAGUACUUGGUAAGCAGAGACGCAAUUGGAUGUUAAGUAUGGAGCAGACAAAAUGCUUAUUUAUUUGAGGCAAAAGCCUUUGGCCUGGGCUGUCUUCCUUUUCCCAGUAAAUGUGUAGUGAUAAAUUGUAACUAAUAAACAUUUGGUUGUCAGAUGCAUUUUAACCUCUGGUGCUGUACAGAAGGGUAUUAAACUGAUGUAAAUCACAUUCUAUGUUUGGUUCAUUUGAAAUUUGGGAAUAAUUGUAAAUGUAUAAUAUUGUAAAAUUAAAAAACAAUUAUAGAACUCUCCCUUAAUCCUGUUGAACUUACAACUGGGCUUAAAAGAGAUCUUUGUCCAUAUUGGGACUCUCUCUUUUUUUUUAAUAAGCAGUGCUCUUGAUAUACUUGAACAAUUUAAUAUGUACAGUUAGUUUAUUAUGGAUUAGUACAUAGGAAUUACAUUUUAUCAGGGGUUGUGACAACAUUAUUAAACUUUUGUGUAUAU